UAUUAGAUCCCUUGAAUCUGGCAAAAGCGGCAAAUGCCCUUCUGAAAAUGGAAAAAUAAAUUUAGAACGAUUUUGUAAUUUGAAGGAACCGUCAAAACACGGAAGGAACAAGUACAAAAAUAUGGCACAUAACACUUACGAACUGAAGAAUUACACAAAAAUUUUCCCUUUUGAGGAAAUAAACCAACCCUUGUAAAGUCUAAUAAAUACUAUAAUGGACUUCAAUGCUGCUCUCCAGGAUGUUGGUGACUUUGGUCUGUACCAAAAGCUACUAUGCAUUUUUCUGGUUGUACCUUCAGCAAGUUUAUGUGCAUUGGUAUAUUUCACUCAGUUUUUUACAAUUCUGGUUCCAAAUCAUCGCUGCAGGCUAUCUGAAGAUGAUACUUAUCAACAUAAUGCUUCCAUAUUUAACACCUCAAUACCAUAUGAAGACGUGAAUGGGCUCUGGGUACCCAAGAUGUGUGAAAUGUAUGAUCCAUCUAGUGUUGUAUACAUCUCUGAGGAGGGAUAUUAUACAAGCAAUGUCUCUACGAGUUGUCAGUAUGGUUGGGUUUAUGAUUUUAGUGAAUUAUAUCCUACCAUAGCUACUGAAAUGAACUGGGUAUGUGAUAAUGAUCAGCUGCCUUAUCAGUCCCAAACUAUUUUUUAUGUAGGAACUAGCCUUGGAUGUAUAGUUUUUGGCCUUAUAGCUGAUAGGUAUGGACGUCGUCCUUCCAUUAUAUUGAGCUAUGUAAUUGCCUGUGUUGCAGGCAUUGGAAGUGCAUUCACAACUUCUUUUUAUACAUUUAAUAUUCUCCGAUUUUUUGUUGGUGCUACUAUUAUACCUUUAUCUGAAGAUCCUUAUGUACUCAGUCUUGAGUACAUAGGAGUCAAGAAACGGACAAUAGUUAUUAUCAUUUGGUCCAUGGGUUAUAUUGUAUUCUCUGCUAUAUGUCCUUGGAUUGCAUAUGGACUUCGUGAUUGGCGUCUUCUUUGUAUUAUUACUUCUGCUCCUUUGGCAGCAAUACCGGUGUUUGGAAAAUUUGUUCCAGAAUCUGCUAGUUGGCUGCUGACUCAAGGUAGAAAGAAAGAAGCUGUUAAACUUUUGAAAACAGUUGCUAGGAUUAAUAAAAGGGAAUAUCCAGAGGAAUUUGGCGAGAGAUGUUAUGAUAAAAACAACAAAGAUACUAGCAAAGAUACUACAGUUUUAGAUUUGUUUAGAACUCCUAGAUUGAGAUUGAACAAUGUAGUUCUAGCUAUUACAUGGUUUGUUGUCUAUUGUUGCUAUCACACUAAUACCCAGAAUGCCUCUAACUUGGGAACAAAUGUUUAUGAUUCAUUUACAUAUAGUUCUUUGGUUGAAAUCCCUGCAUUGUUUGUUAUUCUGUUUGGUAUUGACUGGCUGGGUCGAAGGUGGCCAGUUGCCUUUUCUUCCUUAGCUGCGGGAAUCGCAGGACUCAUCAUUUUAAUCAUACCCAGAGAUGCAAUCAAAGCCCACCUUGGAUUGGCUCUCAUUCAGCGAGUCACCAUCACUAUUGUGUACAAUGUGAUAAUGCAGUAUUCUGCUGAGCUCCUGCCCACCGUGCUGCGUGGGCGUGGUCUAGCCUUUCUGAGACUGAUGGGAACACUUGGUUUGUAUCUCAGCCCAUCGAUUGUCUAUCUAUCAAUGACAUUGCCUGGUUUACCCUUGGUGGUAUCAGGAAUCUUGAUGCUACUUGUGUCUGCCUUUACAUUAUCCCUCCCAGAGACUCUGCACAAACAUUUGCCUCAUAGCAUAGAAGAAGGAGAGAUGUUUGGGAAGAACCAAAAUUUACUGGAUUGUCCCUGCAUGAACAAAAGCUCAAUGGAGAGUGAUGAAGAUCCAGAUUCUCCUACUGAAAAAGCUUAAUCAUUUAUCAGUUCUCCAUGUUUACUGAAUUUAUGUCUACUUAUCAUCUUUCAAUUUAUUUAUUUGAAGCUGCACUUUUUAUAGAAUUUUUACCGUUUUACAUAGCAUUUAUUCUCUAGUCUCAUUCAAAUUCUAUUGCUUGUUGACUUGUUACUAAUAUAAUAAAAUUAUUAUUGAAUGAA